AUGUUAAAUAGAACGAUAUAUUUAAAAGGAUUCAAACCUUUGUUUGAUAAGAGACGGAGAGUUGUGAAAGGCGAACAUGUGUUCAUGGAUAGGUAUGGGAUAAUUUACGAUAUCCUCGAGAAGUCAGAUGAUAACAAAGUCAUGGUGAAGAGAACUCAUCCACCGUUGGUGAACCCGUUUACCAAGCCUCUCGAACGAAAAAUAAAGUUCGCAAAGACGAUGGGUACAACUCCAUAUAUAAAAAUUAUGCCAGGAGCUUUUUACAGAGUCAAAAAGGAUAAGGUUGUUAAUCUUGAGAUCGGUGAACGACGUAAAUAUUUCAAAACUAAAAUAGACCGUAUAAAACAAAAAUAUUGUAAUACUAAGAAAAAAACAAAUCAAGUCUCUUGA